AUGAAGGACGAUGCGAAAGACCUGCUUUCGCAGGCGGAAGACCGGCCUGCGCUCGUUAAAACAAGAACGAGAAGGGGCGUCUCACCGCGCAUCCUCCUCUGUUUGGUCCUCUGUGCCGUCCUUGCGCUACUGCCUCGCCUUGUCCACCAGCGCCUCUUCUCCUCGCGAUUGCUUCUUUUACCUGAUUCUCUUGUACAAGGAACGUGCCCGCAAGUAGGCGCGAUCUUCCCGGCGGGACCAAACGGCGAGUUGUGGGGGAAGUUGAGCGCGCUGUACGCUCAGGUAGACUACGAAGAGCGGGCGGUCGCGUGGCUGAGCGAUGCGGUACGCAUACCAACGGAGCUGUACGACGAUAUGGGACUGGUUGGCGAGGAUGAGCGGUGGGAGGCGUUUCGACCGUUCAACGAGUACCUCGUGGAAGCGUUUCCGAGGAUCCACUCCACCGUGAAGCUCACCAAGGUUAACACGUAUGGACUGCUGUAUGAAUGGCUGGGAACGGAUGCGGACCUCAAGCCGCUCCUGCUCAUGGCUCAUUCAGACGUAGUGCCGGUGGAUCCUGCUACCGCAGAUCAGUGGGCACAUCCGCCGUACUCGGGCCAUUUUGACGGUGAACGCAUCUGGGGACGUGGAAGCUCUGAUGAUAAGAACGGAUUGAUUGCGGCUAUGGCUGUGAUUGAGACUUUGCUUGAGCAUGAUUUCCAGCCCAGGAGGACGAUCAUCAUGUCAUUUGGGUUUGACGAAGAAGGUGGCGGGCCCUAUUCGCAGGGCGCGCAAGCUCUCGCCAACCUUCUCCUUGACCGAUACGGAAAGGAUGCUUUUGCGAUGAUCAUCGACGAAGGAUCCGGCUACGUGGAGCAGUUCGGUACCGUGUUCGCGAUCCCAGCGAUCGGCGAGAAAGGAUAUGCAAAUGUCCACGUAGAGGUCAAAACACCGGGUGGUCACUCCAGUAUUCCUCCGGCUCACACGAGCAUCGGUAUACUGUCCUCCUUACUCGUCCAUCUUGAGUCGAACCAAGAAAACGCACAUUUGAUCCGUACUGAGCCCCUGUACCAAUACCUGCAAUGUGUCGCCGAACACGCUCCCGAUGUUUCGCGUGAUCUGCGUACGGCUCUAGUCAAGGGCCGUCACAGCGACCGCGCGCUGCGAGAGGCGGAGAAAAUUGUGUUUCAGGACGCGGAGACGAAGGCGUUGGCGGGCACGACGCAGGCGGUUGACGUCAUAUACGGUGGCGUCAAGUCAAAUGCCCUUCCAGAGCAGGCUGCGGCGAUCGUCAACCACCGCAUCGCGACGGACAGCUCACUCGGUGCCAUGCGCGCGCGCUAUAUCCACCUGCUCGCGCCCCUCGCAGCAGCCUUCAACCUCUCCUACACCGCCUUCGGCACGUCCAUCCUUGGACCCACUACAGAGACGCUGGGCGAGCUCAUCGUGACCAACCCCGACGGACUGGAGCCCGCACCGACAGUGCCCACGGAUCCGGGCGCGAAACCGUUUGCACUGCUGUCGGGGACGAUACGGGCUACGUACGCGAAGCGGCGUGAGGCCCUGGGCGGUGCUCGGGAGGUGCUCGUGGCUCCGGGCAUCAUCAGUGGGAACACUGACACGGUAUACUACUGGGACUUGUCCGCCCAUAUAUUUCGGUAUAAUCACAACGAUUUAGGUACUGGUGGGUUGGGAAAUAUACAUACUGUGAACGAGUCUAUGGGAGUGGAAUCUUUCAUGGAGGAGAUAUUGUUCUUUACGACGUUAAUUCUCAACGCCGACGAUGCUGAACUUUUAUGAUGCGGGUCUUCGAACCCCCACAUUCUCUGCUCGUGUAUCCUCUCCGCUUCUUGCUCACAAUGCCGAGUACUACCUUAGCUCAUGUACG